CCGGAAGUGCGUCACAGGGCUCGGGCCUGUCGCCGUUAUCGGCCCGCUCGGGAGAUCGGCUCCACCGAACACCAAGUGGAGCAGCGGGGCCGGCAGUUUUUAAUGUGUGGCACACGUGGAAGACCCCCGGUUGUAUGUUGGGAGCUCUGACAGGCCCAUGUUUUUGGCAGUAAGUGUGGUAACAGCUGUGAUGAGGCCACCAGUUCCUUGCCAGAGGGUUUGACCACAGAGAGUCGCCAAGAUAGCUGGGCCAGGAAGAAAACGUCGCAACCCUGACCCAGACUCCAUCACCGACCCCGGCGGGCCAUUUGUGCCCUCCAAACGGCUGAAGAUGUCCAGCAGUACCAAUGCCCCCGGCCAGAGGACGGUAACUCGGGGCUUGGAUGAUGCCGCCAACAAGAAGAAGCAGAAGGAUCGAGCCAACCAGGAGAGCAAGGAAGUGUCUCGCUCUGAGCUCGAGCAGGCUGAGGCUGCCCAGGAGAAGGACUCAGAGGAGGAGCUGCUGCUGGACUGGAAGCAGAAUGCCGAUGAGAUCAUUGUCAAGCUGAAUUUGGGCAGCGAAGCACUGAAAGUGGAGGAUGUGGAUGCUGCUUUCACUGACACAGACUGUGUGCUCAAACUACCAGAUGGGCGGCAGUGGAGCUGUCAGUUCUUCGAGGAGAUUGAGGGCUCCUGCAGCAAGAUCCAGUGCAAAAAGGGCAACUUUCUACAUCUUGUGCUUCAGAAGAAGAUCCCACUCCAUACCUGGUCUUCGCUUCUGAAAAGAAGGAAAGACGGAUCCAAAGAGCUGGCCAAAGGGGCCGCGUGCUGGGAGAACGGGAAGGAGAAGGCUGCUUCUGCAGAGCUGGCCUCUGAAGAGCCACGGGCUGAAAGCGCAGAACUGCCGAGAUCCCGGCGGGAAGCCUCCAACCCCAAGCGUGCUCCGGGAAGGAGCGAGGCCCUGGGAGGGAAGAGCCCAGCCAGCCCAGGGACGCAGAGCGGCCCCAGCGCCAAGAGGGCAGUUUACCUCAAAGUGGCUCCCACUGAAGAGGAGCCCAAUGCCAGAAUCACUGGCAGCGUGGAGCCCAGCAAAGGGCACAGCGGGAGGGCCGGGAGCCGCCGCAACGGCAGAGCCAGCCAGCCAGAUGCACCCUCGGCCCUUGCGGACCUCGCCGUGCCACUGGAGAAGGCUGUGGCGCUGGCCAAGGAGACAGUUCCAGUGGAGAUGCCACCGCUUGCAGCUACCACAGAGGUGUUCCCCCACUGCAUUGCCACCUGUGUGGAGAAGAGAGUCCUGCAGCCAGGCAGCCCUGCUGAGGCCCUGCGGGGCCGGGACUGCACACCUGUGCUGGGAGAGAGCUCCAAGGCUGUCCCAGUGGCCACCCCUCCUCUGGGUAGAGGCAGUGAGAAGAGGGACUGGUCCAAGGAUGACGUGGCUCUAGAAGCAGCAGCUGAUGAGCCAGAGCCUUUUGUGAGCCUGACCUUUGUCAAGAAUGACUCAUACGAGAAGGGCAAUGACCUGGUGGUGGUGCACGUCUACGUGAAGGAGAUCCACAAGGAGACGUCCAAAGUGUUGUUCCGGGAGCAAGACUUCACACUGGUGUUCCAGACAAGUGACACAAACUUCCUUCGCCUCCAUCCUGGCUGUGGGCCCCACACAGUGUUCCGGUGGCAGGUGAAGCUCAGGAACCUUAUUGAGCCAAACCAGUGCACAUACAACUUCACGGUGUCUCGCAUUGAUGUCUGCCUGAAGAAACGCCAGAGCCAGCGCUGGGGUGGGCUGGAGGCUCCAGCCACACGAGGUGCAGUGGGUGGUGCAAAGGUUGCCAUGCCUACAGGCCCUACCCCUCUGGAGAAGAACCCCCCUGGCAGCAACCAGCACCCCCUAUCCGGCAAGGAAGAGGCCCGAGCCAGCGACAAAGAGAAGCCACGUGUGGAAGAUGGGGGUCUGGAUGGUGUGGCAGCACGUACAGCCCAAGAGCACGUGGCAGUGAAGCAAGAGCCACACAUUCCCUCGCCCAAACCUACCUGUAUGGUGCCACCGAUGACACACAGCCCGGUGAGCACCGAGAGCGUGGAGGAUGAUGAGGACGAGGAUGAGAAGAAGAAGGUUUGUCUACCUGGCUUCACGGGGCUGGUGAACCUGGGCAACACCUGCUUCAUGAACAGCGUCAUCCAGUCCCUGUCCAACACCCGGGAGCUGCGUGACUACUUCCAUGAUCGGUCCUUUGAGUCGGAAAUCAACUACAACAAUCCGCUGGGGACGGGGGGCCGCCUGGCCAUCGGCUUUGCCAUGCUGCUGCGAGCGCUGUGGAAGGGCACACACCAUGCCUUCCAGCCCUCAAAAUUGAAGGCAAUCGUGGCCAGCAAAGCCAGCCAGUUCACUGGCUAUGCCCAGCACGAUGCUCAGGAGUUCAUGGCCUUCCUGCUCGAUGGCCUGCAUGAGGACCUCAACCGCAUCCAGAACAAGCCCUACACAGAGACUGUUGACUCAGAUGGGAGGCCUGAUGAGGUUGUAGCUGAGGAGGCCUGGCAGCGGCACAAGAUGAGGAACGACUCUUUCAUUGUGGACCUCUUCCAGGGCCAGUACAAAUCCAAGCUGGUGUGCCCAGUGUGUUCCAAGGUAUCCAUCACCUUUGACCCAUUCCUGUACCUCCCGGUGCCCCUUCCUCAGAAGCAGAAGGUGCUGACUGUGUACUACUUUGCAAAGGAGCCACACAAGAAACCCAUUAAGUUCCUCGUGAGUAUCAGCAAGGAGAACUCCAGUGCCAUGGAGGUGCUUGACUCAGUGGCCCACAGUGUGCGUGUGAAACCAGAGAACCUGCGCCUGGCAGAGGUGAUCAAGAAUCACUUCCACCGCAUGUUCCUGCCAUCCAACUCACUCGACACAGUCUCCCCCACGGACCUGCUGUUCUGCUUUGAGGUGCUGUCCCCAGAGCUGGCCAAGGAGCGGGUGGUGGAGCUGCAGGUCCAGCAGCGUCCGCAGGUGCCCAGCGGCCCUGUGGCCAAGUGUGCAGCCUGCCAGAAGAAGCAGCUCUCGGAGGAUGAGAAACUCAAGCGCUGCACGAGGUGCUAUCGAGUCGGUUAUUGCAACGUGGCAUGUCAGAAAACACACUGGCCAGACCACAAGGCUUUGUGCCGCCCCGAGAACAUCGGUUUCCCCUUCCUCAUCAGCGUGCCCGAGUCCCGCCUCACCUACGCCCGCCUGGCCCAGCUGCUGGAGGGCUACGCAAGGUACUCAGUCAGUGUGUUCCAGCCUCCGUUCCAGCUGGCACGGAUGUCACCAGAGCAGGGGCUGCAGCCUUUGCUCCCGGACAAUCUGGAACCCCUGCCCAAGAGCAGUUGUGCAUCAGCCACCUCUGCCCCCGAGCUGGAGGACAGGGACAGGACUUCCAGCCUCCUGCAGGAGCCCCCUCUGUCGCCAGCUGUGCCUGAGCUGCAUCCAGAGAUCGGAGAUAACAGCACUGACCGGAGCAAGGUCCUGGCAGCCAGGAGUUCCCUGCUGAGCCUGGAUUCAGGCUUCCCCGAGCACAUGUUGUUGCAGGGCGAUAGCUGCUGUGAGAAGGAGCCGUCUUAUGAGCGAGCCCUCAAGCCAGAAGCUGCCAUCCCUGGGUACCAGCACACUCCAGACUCGCUGAGCGCCCGCGCCACACAGUUCUACAUCAACAAGAUCGAUGCUGCCAACAGAGAGUACAAGCUGGAAGAUAAAGGUGACACCCCCCUGGAGCUGACAGAUGACUGCUCCCUCGCCCUGGUGUGGAAGAACAAUGAGCGCCUCAAGGAGUUUGUGUUGGUGGAAUCCAAGGAGCUGGAGUGCAUGGAGGACCCGGGCUCAGCCAGCGAAGCAGCCCGUGCUGGCCACUUCACCCUGGAGCAGUGCCUCAACCUCUUCACCAAGCCUGAAGUUCUGGCCCCAGAGGAAGCGUGGUACUGCCCCAAGUGCAAGCAGCACCGUGAAGCCUCCAAGCAGCUGAUGCUGUGGCGGUUGCCCAAUGUCCUCAGCAUCCAGCUCAAGCGCUUCUCCUUCCGUAGCUUUAUUUGGAGGGACAAGAUCAAUGACAUGGUGGACUUCCCUGUCCGAAACCUGGACCUGAGCAAGUUCUGCAUUGGCCGGAAGGGCGAGCAGCAGCUGCCCGUGUACGACCUGUAUGCUGUGAUCAACCACUACGGAGGCAUGAUCGGGGGGCACUACACAGCGUACGCCCGCCUGCCCAAUGACAAGAACAGCCAGCGCAGCGACGUGGGCUGGCGGCUCUUUGACGACAGCACAGUCACCACCGUGGAUGAGAGCCAAGUGGUAACCAGAUACGCCUAUGUCCUGUUCUACCGCCGGAGGAACUCUCCUGUGGAGAGACCCUUGCCAGGGCACCCCCCGGACCACCGAGCCGAGCGCACCCCCUCUGCCGAAGCUGCUGCCAGCCAGGCUUCUCUGAUCUGGCAGGAACUGGAGGCUGAAGAACAAGACACGCAGCUCGAGACACCCCAAAGGCCUGCAAGAAAUCCCUGGAGGCCCCAUGGCCAGAAGCAGAGUCCGGGCACCCACCAGCACCCAGAUGAAGGCUGCAUCAGAUACUUUGUCCUGGCCACUACGGCCGCAAUUGUGGCUCUCUUCCUGAACGUCUUCUACCCGAUCAUUUACCAGACCCGCUGGAGAUAGGCACAGUCACACAGCCAGCUGCAGGCGCAGGGCUCCAGGUCAUGCUGCAUGGCAGCAGGACAAGCAGCCAGGAAGGACUCACCGAGGGAAGUGUGGAGCCGUCGGCUCCUGCCUGUCUGCUCUGCAUCUCCGUGCCAGCACAGAAUCAGGAGCCCCUCUGCCCUCCCUCACCCUUGCUGCAUGUGGGGCAGACCUCGUGGCUACCUGCUGCUCAGGAAGGAAUGUUGAUGCUGCACACUGAGCACCUCCACUUGGUCCCAAGACAGAAGCAGAGACCUGCCAAGAGCCUGCUCCAAGGGCAGGAUGCCCUGAGACAGUUCCUUGUCCAGUUGUGCUGCUGCAGGACCCCUGGGCCUGGUGUGAUUGUGGCUCCUGGGCCAGCCCAAUCCCUCCUGUUGAGCUUCCUAGUGCAUCUGCCCCUACACCAGGAGUAUUGUGCACUCUACCCCUAUGCUGGGGCCUUGUCACUGAGGGCUGCUGUGCUUCCCCUUCACCCCUGCUGUGGAUCAGGGUAAUCUGAGCCGGG